AUGUCAGUCAACACAUCUCCGACCCUCUCCACCUCCCCGUCUACGACACGUUCCCUGUCGCCCGCGCCCACGCUUUCUCCCCCAACGUUUUUUAUCCUGCCCGAUCUAGUCUCUCAUUGUCCAUUUUCACUCACGUACCAUCCCAACGGGGAUGCUAUCGCUUCCGAUUCACUUCAAUGGCUGCUUUCCUUCGUGCCUCAUUUCACACCACGAAAGGUCGCCGCGAUGCAUGGCCUCCAGGCCGGAGAGCUUACGGCGUAUUGUUACAACAACUGUUCACCCGAGCGACUUCGCGUCGUCAGUGACUUCAUGAAUUAUCUAUUCCAUCUCGACAACAUCUCGGACGGGAUGAUGGCCAAGGACACCAAGGGGCUUAGCGAUUGGGUCAUGAACGCUUUCGAAUGGCCCGACGAGUUCCACCCAUUGAAAGGCCAGUCGGAAGGUGUCGAGGAAAUCAGUGCGGCCAGGCUUGCCCGAGACUACUGGUCCCGCUGUGUCCGUGACGCGCGCCCGGAUGUUCAAGCGCGGUUCAAGUCUUCCAUGCAAAUGUUCUUUGAGGCUGUGCAGCGGCAGGCCGAGGACCGCGGUCAGAAUGUGGUCCCGGAUCUCGAAUCGUACAUCGACGUUCGCCGCGAUACGUCCGGGUGCAAGCCUGUAUUCGACCUCAUUGAGUACUCGCUCGACCUGGAGCUUCCCGAGAAAGUUGUCGAGCACUCUGUCAUCAAGGCGCUUAAUCAGGGCGCGAACGAUCUUGUCACGUGGUCCAACGACAUCUUCUCGUACAACGUCGAGCAGGCGCGCGGUGACACCCACAAUAUGAUCUGUAUCUUCAUGGCGCACGAGGAUUUGACCCUGCAAGAAGCCGUCGAUCGGGUCGGGGCGCUUUGCAAGCAGACGAUUGACGCGUUUGUCGAGAACCAGGCGCGCGUGCCAUCGUGGGGUCCCGACAUCGACCGCGACGUGCAGCUCUACGUGAACGGGCUCCAGGAGUGGAUAGUCGGAUCUCUGCAUUGGAGUUUCAUGACGCGCCGGUACUUUGGAGAUGACGGCACGACGGUGAAGAAGACGCGGUUUGUCAGCCUGUUGCCUAGGGAGGACCUCGGGAAGCAGGCUUAA